AAAGAUCACAGCUCAUAUUCACCGUCAAAAAAAUCAUUGCUUCUCCAAAGACCACGGUGGAAAAAAAGAAACAAAUGAUUAGGUAGUUAACCCAAAAAGAAAAGUUGUUUAGUCUUUGAUCUUUUCUUUAAUUCCUCCAAAGCUGGGACCCCCUCUUAAGAUCUCAAAUUUGGUUUUCUUUGUCUUCGGCAAAGAGAGAAUCGAUCUUUUUGAGAGGGUGCCAGUUUGCUUUCUUCUCCAAUCUUGUUUCCGGGGGAGAAAGUUUUGAUUUUUAUUAGUUUGGGGGUUGGAUUGAAAAAGUUUUAUAAAAUGUGGGGAGCCGCCGCAGAACCAGCAGAUUCUUAUUACCAGAUUCGUCCUGAGUGCACCGAUGUCCCCAAUACCAAAUUCAAGAUCAAACCUGGUAAAACUCUAAGUGUAAGGAAAUGGCAAGCUGCAUUUACACAGGAAGGGUUCCUCGAUAUUGGCAAGACUCUAAGUCGAAUCCAACGAGGGGGGAUCCAUCCAUCGAUUAGAGGAGAAGUCUGGGAGUUCUUGCUUGGUUGUUACGAUCCAAAGAGCACUUUUGAAGAAAGAGAGCAAAUCCGACAACGUAGAAGAUUGCAGUAUGCUUCUUGGAAGCAGGAAUGUAAACAAAUGUUUCCAGUCAUCGGAAGUGGUCGAUUCAUUACCGCACCUGUGAUUACUGAGAAGGGCCAACCCAUUCUAGAUCCUCUUGUACUACAAGAAACAAAUUUAGGCGAGGAUUCUGAUUUCUUCAAAGAGCUUGAAAGCAGAGGACCUUUGGACAAGAAAGUUAUCCAAUGGAUGCUAACACUUCAUCAGAUAGGUCUUGAUGUAAACCGCACGGAUAGGACAUUAGUAUUCUACGAGAAGAAGGAGAAUUUGUCCAAGCUUUGGGACAUUCUUGCUCUUUACGCUUGGAUAGACAACGACGUUGGGUAUUGCCAAGGAAUGAGUGAUCUUUGUUCACCAAUGAUUAUGCUUCUUGAAGACGAAGCUGAUGCUUUUUGGUGUUUCGAACGACUGAUGCGCCGAUUGCGAGGUAACUUUCGGAGCACGGGAAGAUCAGUUGGAGUUGAAGCACAGCUUACUCAUUUGGCUACAAUCACUCAGAUUAUUGACCCCAAACUUCACCAUCACUUAGAGAAUCUUGGUGGAGGUGACUAUCUCUUUGCGAUUCGGAUGAUAAUGGUUCAGUUCAGAAGAGAGUUCUCUUUUUGUGACUCCUUGUACCUUUGGGAGAUGAUGUGGGCAUUAGAGUAUGACCCGGAGAUGUAUUCUCUGUACGAGGAGCCUGAGUUCGAGGGAGAGAAAACGGAAGGUUCCUCCAAAGGCAAACCAAAAUCGAUAAAACAAUGUGGCAAGUACGAGAGAGAGAACAUGAAGAACGGUGGAAAAGGCAGUGCAGAAGGUCCUUUGCCUAUAUCGGUUUUCUUAGUGGCUAGUGUUUUGAAAGACAAGAGUUCUAAGCUUAUGACUGAAGCUCGAGGACUCGAUGAUGUUGUCAAGAUCUUGAAUGACAUAACCGGAAACUUGGAUGCUAAGAAAGCAUGCUCUGGUGCAAUGAAACUUCACAAGAAGUAUCUAAAGAAGGCCAAGAAAUAGCAUUGGAGAAGAUUCAUGGGUAGUGUUUUUGUUUGUUAUUUUUUUACAUAUUUGAUAGCUCGCAAAAUCCGGUGAAAAAAGCUAUUGGUCAGUGAUUUAACGAUUCCUUGGUGGCAAGCAUUCUUCAAAGAAAAGAAUCUUGGAGCCCUAAUAUACACAACAGCAACUUCUUGUUGUAAAGUGGUCAUGCAAACCCAUGUUGUAAUAUCUAUGUUAACAAACCUUGUGUUUUCCUUGUAUUACCAAUGCUAAAGGAAGAGAAGACGUAAAAGCGCACAGAAAAAAAUCAUAUUCCUCCUGGAUUUCAAAUCAUUGUUGUAUUUAUAAGUUGAGUUGUGUAAAUAAACAUGAAAUAUUUGUUGUAUUCCUCUAGGAUUCCUGCUUUUUUUUAUGCUAAUCAAAUUGUAC